CAUCCCUAUUGGUUAGAGUGAAGUCAACUCAUUCUGGUCUCCACGAGACCACGACCUAUAUCCAGAUCUAACUGGGUUGCUCUAUAUACAUCCCACCCAGCUGCGGCUAGCAAGGAAACCAUUCCUCUCAGUAGCUCAUCCCCGAUUCGUUCAAUCACUCUGCUCUCCACAACUGCUACAGGAUCCCGCAAGCGUUCCAUCUUCUCCAGCUGCCUGUAGAAGCUCUCACCAAAUCUUCUUAAACCAUCAGAAAUGGCCAACAAGCCGUCCGUUCUGAGCACAUUACCGAAGGAACUGCCGCUGGACUUUCUGAAGACUAGCACCGACCAGUUCUCAGAGGACCGUAUUCUAGGUGUAGGAGCAUUCGGAACAGUUUAUCUGGGGAUUAUGCCAGAUGGCCAAAAGAUUACCGUAAAGAAACUCGUAGAGAACUCGCCACUUGGACGCGACAAAGUCUUUUCCAACGAGGUUACAAAUAUUAUGGCUCUCCACCAUAAAAAUGUAGUGAAGAUGGUUGGAUUCUGCCAUGAAGGCCAAAAGAAAGUGGUGCUGAACAAUGGAAGAUAUAUUGUGGCAGAUAUUGUUGAAAGUUUACUCUGCUACGAGUAUUUAUCUCAGGGAAGCCUUCAAAAGAAUCUUUUUGAAGUAGACAUUAAAAUGGAUUGGGACACACGCUUCAAAAUAAUUAAGGGGAUCUGCGAUGGUCUAGCCUUCGUGCAUAGCAUUAAUGUUGUCCAUAUGGACCUUAAACCUGAGAGUAUAUUGCUGGAUGACAAGAUGGUACCGAAGAUUGCGGAUUUUGGUCUCUCGAGGCUCUUCGGCCAAGAACAGACACGGAUGAACACACAAAAUGUUGUGGGAUCAUAUGGAUACAUAGCUCCGGAGUAUCUAUACAGAGGUGAAAUCUCCAAAAGUUCAGACAUAUAUAGCUUAGGUCUAUUAAUCUUGGAGACCACCACAGGACAGAAGAAUUGUCCCAGCAACGAACCGUCUGCGGUGCAAUUUAUAAAAAGUGUACGUGAAAAUUGGACACCAGAGCACAUAGUGUUCCAGUUCUCACGUUCUGAUGGGGAUUGCCUCCAGCAAGUAAAAAGGUGCAUCGAAAUUGGACUAGAGUGUGUGGAGAUCGAUCGGCAGAAGAGACCUACCAUAGAAAAUAUUCUUGACAGGCUCAACGGACUAUGUUCAAGUACAAGCUGAAUGUGCUACGCGAUCUGCAGUCUACAGGGAGCAUUAAACCUGGGUCUUUUUAGGAGUGGAUGCGGUAGAAGGAAGAGCAUGCUCUGUUAAUACUACAAUGACUUUAUUUCUGAAAUUUAUUCGUUAUGAUGUAAUGUGGUAAAAUUGUAUUUCGUACGGCUCAAAUACAAUGUUGUUGUUUCUUCAAUGUCAGUACUCAGUACAAUUGUUCAAAGUAACAUUUUAUUUUUCCUGGCUA